AGAACUGCAAAUGAAAAAAGAGUGGGGAAUGAAAAUGUUGGAGCACUGCCAAAAUCUUCCAUUGGCAAUUGUGGUACUUGGAGGUGUUUUGGCAACAAAGAAGACACCAAGGGAGUGGGAAACAGUCUACAAUGAUAUAUGUUCAUCUUUAGCCAGGGGCAAGUAUCUCAAUCAACCAUAUAAGAAGGUGUAUGAUGCAUUGGCAUUGAGCUAUCAUCAUUUGCCAUAUGUUUUAAAGCCUUGCUUCCUUCAUCUGGGUAACUUCCCAGAGGAUUACGAAAUUCCCACAAAGAAGUUGUAUCAGAUGUGGGUUGCUGAAGGCCUUGUGACAGAGAGCAUCAUUUUGGGAGCAGAAUCUUUGGAGGAUGCGGCAGAACGCUCUUUGAACGACCUGGUUAGAAGAAACAUGGUUCAAGUGGGCAGAAGGAGUACCAAAGGAAAAAUAAAAACAUGUCAGCUUCAUGACCUUACACGAGACAUGUGCUCGCAGAAAGUGAAAGAAGAAAAUUUUCUUCACGUAGUUGGGCAUAAUUCCCCUGCCAUUGAGGAAAUGGGUGCAUCACUUUCCAAGGUAAAGUUGAGCUUCCGUCGUCUGGCAGUCUAUUUGGGUCAAAAUGCACCUGGAUCUCUUCACAAGUGUACCUCACAAGCGGAUCCACAUUUGAGAAGCUUCUUGUUGUUCCCAAUAGGUGAGUUGGAAGAAGAUUGCCGGGAGUGGAUGGCUAACCUGUGCAAGGAGCUCCAAUUGCUUCGUGUCUUGGAUCUCGAAAGAUGUUGCAUCAAAGGGAGCUUGCCUAGAAGAGUGAAAAAUUUAAUCCACUUAAGGUACUUGAGCUUGAAGGAUACUUCCAUCACUGAACUACCAUCAUCCAUUGGCAAUCUAAGGUGUCUACUGACCCUUGAUUUGCGAGUGCGGGAUGAAAUCUUGAUACCUGAUGUGUUCUGCAAGCUGACACGGCUAAGACAUCUGUAUCUUCCAAGAAAAUAUAAGAUUGGAGGAAGAUUGCAGCUUCACAUGUUGAGUUAUUUGAUGACGCUGGAAAACAUAAUCAUGAGUACAUUGCAAGGGCACGAUGACCUACUUCAUUUGAGCAACAUCAGGAAGCUUUCAAUCGUUGUUGAUGGGUUAUGCAGCAAGGAAAGCUUGAAGUUAAUCCACCAAUACAAAAGCAUGAAAUCAGGCCGUCUUCAGCGCAUUCACCUAAAACUUGAUGAAUCUAACAUCAUAAACGAGGAGGCAAAUAUUCUGUCAGAGUUCAGAAACAUUUGCAGACUUGAAGUUCAUUACAGCAAAAAUAGAUUCUGGCACCCGGAAGGCCCAAUAACUUCAAUAAACCUUUCCUCCCAAAUGCUGCCCAAGAACCUGACGUACAUACGUUUCUGGUUUGGAGACCUUGUACGUGAUCCGAUGCCAAUCGUAGGGAAGCUUCCUCACCUGCGAUCCUUGACUUUCAAUGUAUGCUUUGUUGGGUCAAAGAUGGUCUGUUCAGCUGAAGAUUUCCCUCAACUCAUUUACUUGGCACUUGAUGGCUUGUUUUGCCUAAGGGAGUGGGUGGUGGAGAAAGGAGCCUUCCCAAAGCUUGCCAAGAUGGAGAUAUACAAUUGUCCCAUUCAGAGAUUCCCAGAUGUGCUGCCUAAACCACUUGAGAUUGCUACCAAUGUGGAGAUACCAGGAAUCGAGUUGUACACUUGAGCUUGGUUUCAAUUGAAAGGAUCAGGAGUGGCUGCACACAGCUAUAGUUCAAUUAAAAUUCCUGAUUAGGAUGCCUCCCUUAUGGAAGGCCAAGUUGCGAUCCUCCAUAUCCAUUAGAAAACUAGUUCAAAUGUUCUCUCUUCUUUUUCUUUUGGGAAUGUUGUCUUUGUUGUUGUGAUUUAAUUAGCGCCAUUUAAGAUUUGGCUUGUUAAUCGGUUGCUUGUUCAUUUUAUGCGGACCUAUGUUAUUUCAACUUAUGUUCAAAAAAAAAAAAGGAAACCUUAAUCUA